UCUGUUUCUCUCUCAUCGUAUUGGAGCGUCUGUAAAUUCAAUACUCUACUAGUGGAGUGGUAUAUAGUUGGAGUAAUUCUGCUACUACCGCCAUUUAUAGCGUAGAGAGUAAUAGUUGAAGUAGCUGUAGCUAGAUCUGAACUCCACGGAGCUGUUGUUACUCGCGCUCAAUUUUUGUAGCGGAGCUCCACUUACUUCCUCAUUUCAACUUAACGGAAGGAGAGUUGUUUCUGGUUGAGAAUUCUGAUUGAGAGUGAUAGAGAUGGCAAAGUCGAGGCCGAAUUUCCCAGCUCAGGAUGUUUUAUCAGCUGGACAAGGAUCAGUGAGGUCGAGAGAAUGGGAGGGUCCAACUAGGUGGACUGAGUACUUGGGCCCUGACGUAGCAGCCAGGAGUAAUGGCGGAGCUGAAGGAGCGACUAGUCAAAGCGCGAGCAGUUCAUCGCAGAAGGGUCUGAACAUGCAAUGGGUUUACCAGCUCACUCAUGUAGCUGAAGGGCUGAUGGCGAAAAUGUAUAGACUUAAUCAGAUUUUGGAUUAUCCUGAUUUGGUCAAUCAUGCCUACUCUGAAGCGUUUUGGAAAGCCGGUCUGUUCCCUAACCAACCGAAGAUUUGUAUUUUGCUAGAGAAGAAGUUUCCUGAACAUCACAGCAAGCUGCAGCUGGAGCGGGUUGAUAAGCUUGCUUUGGAUGCUAUGAAUGAUAGUGCUGAGGUUCAUUUACAGAGUAUGGAGCCAUGGAUUCAGCUACUUCUUGACCUGAUGGCAUUCCGAGAACAAUCUUUGCGGCUUAUUCUGGACCUAAGCAGUACUGUGAUUACGUUGCUGCCACACCAAAACUCUCUCAUACUACAUGCUUUUAUGGAUCUCUUUUGCUCGUUUGUUCGUGUUAAUCUAUUUUCUGAGAAGAUACCAAGGAAAAUGAUGCUGCAAACAUACAAUCUUUUGUACUCCAUGGCUCGGAAUGAUCGUGAUUGUGACUUUUACCAUAGAUUAAUUCAAUUUGUUGAUUCUUAUGAUCCACCAUUUAAGGGGUUACAUGAAGAUCUUAAUUUUGUCAGUCCUAGGAUUGGAGAGGUUUUGGAGGCUGUGGGCCCAAUUAUCUUUUUAUCUACAGAUACACGGAAGCUGCGGAAUGAGGGUUUUCUAAGCCCAUUUCAUCCUAGAUACCCUGACAUACUUACGAACUCUGCACAUCCUAUGAGAGCUCAGGACCUUGCAAAUGUUACUUCAUAUCGUGAGUGGGUGCUCUUUGGAUAUUUGGUUUGUCCAGAUGAGCUUCUUAGAGUGACCAGCAUUGACAUUGCUUUGGUUGUGCUGAAGGAAAACUUAGUUCUUACACUAUUCAGGGAUGAAUAUAUAUUAUUGCAUGAGGACUAUCAGUUAUAUGUUUUACCACGAAUUUUGGAAUCGAAAAGGAUGGCAAAGUCCGGACGAACAAAGCAAAAAGAAGCAGAUCUAGAAUAUAGUGUUGCAAAGCAGGUAGAGAAAAUGAUCAGUGAGGUACAUGAGCAAGCCCUUUACUCCUGUGAUUCCAUACACCAUGAAAGGAGAAUAAUGUUGAAGCAGGAAAUUGGAAGGAUGGUCCUGUUUUUCACUGACCAACCCAGUUUAUUGGCUCCUAAUAUCCAGAUGGUUUUUUCUGCCUUAGCUUUUGCACAGAGUGAGGUUCUAUGGUACUUUCAGCAUGUCGGAGUAGCAUCUUCUAAAUCCAAAACAGCUCGAGUUGUGUCAGUAGAAAAUGAUCCAAAUGACCCAACCAUUGGUUUCUUAUUGGAUGGGAUGGACCAGCUUUGCUGUCUGGUCCGCAAAUAUAUUGCAGCCAUUAGAGGCUAUGCCUUAUCAUACCUAUCAUCCUGUGCUGGUAGAAUCCGUUUCCUGCUUGGCACUCCUGGAAUGGUGGCACUUGACCUGGAUGCUACUCUAAAGGGACUUUUCCAAAGGAUUGUUCUGCAUCUAGAGAACAUACCAAAACCCCAGGGAGAAAAUAUUUCCGCAAUCUCAUGUGAUUUAUCGGACUUGCGCAAAGAUUGGUUAACCGUUUUGAUGAUUGUCACUUCUGCGCGUUCAUCAAUCAACAUUAGACAUUUAGAGAAAGCUACUGUAUCCACCGGCAAAGAAGGGUUACUGUCAGAAGGCAAUGCCGCAUACAAUUGGUCCAGAUGUGUGGAUGAGCUAGAAGCUCAAUUAUCAAAAUUUGGGGGUCUGAAAAAACUUUACUUCAACCAUCAGCAUCUUACAACUGUUUUCCGCAACACCAUGUUUGGGCCUGAGGGCCGUCCCCAGCAUUGCUGUGCUUGGCUCGGUGUUGCUAGCAGUUUUCCAGAAUGUGCCUCUCCAAUUGUUCCAGAGGAGGUGACUAAAAUAGGCCGCGACGCAGUUCUAUAUGUUGAGUCCCUAAUUGAAUCUAUAAUGGGAGGAUUGGAAGGUUUGAUAAAUAUUCUUGACUCGGAUGGAGGAUUUGGUUCCCUGGAGAUGCAGCUUCUCCCAGACCAAGCAGCGAAUCUCAUGAACUUGACAUCCAGAGUAUCUAUUCCUUCAGUGAAGUCCCCAAAAGCUUCGUAUGGUUUUCAUUUGCCUGGCUAUGAGAGCUAUCCAGAAAAUAAUAGCUCCAUCAAAAUGUUAGAAGCUGCAAUGCAGAGGUUGACAAAUCUAUGUUCUGUCCUGAAUGACAUGGAGCCUAUAUGUGUAUUAAACCAUGUUUUUGUUCUGAGAGAGUAUAUGAGAGAAUGCAUCCUAGGGAAUUUCAAAAGGAGAUUGCUCACGGUCCUUAAAACUGAUUCUGAUCUUCAGAGACCUUCCGUCUUGGAGUCACUAAUCCGUAGACACACUUCCAUAGUUCAUCUCGCAGAGCAACACGUAAGCAUGGACCUCACCAAUGGCAUUCGUGAAAUUCUCCUGGCAGAGACCUACUCGGGUCCUGUUUCUUCUCUACAGUUGUUUGAAAAAUCUGCUGAACAACAAACAGGCUCAGCUACUGAAGCUGUAUGCAAUUGGUACAUCGAAAACAUUGUUAAGGAUGUGGCUGGUGCGGGAAUCCUCUUUGCACCUCUUCAUCGAUGCUUCAAGAGCACACGGCCAGUUGGUGGAUACUUUGCCGAGUCAGUAACUGACCUCAUGGAACUGAAAGCCUUUGUUCGAACUUUUGGGAGCUACGGAGUUGACCGUUUAGAUCGGAUGCUAAAAGAGCACACAGCAGCUCUCCUGAACUGCAUUGACACAACAUUGCGUGCAAAUCGUGAGAAUCUGGAGGCAGUUGCAGGGAGUAUGCACUCUGGUGAUAGGAUGGAAACUGAAGCAAAUAUCAAGCAGAUAGUCGAUAUGGAUACGAUGGUUAGGUUCUGUAUUCAGGCGGGGCAAGCCAUUGCUUUUGAUUCCCUUUUAGCUGAAGCUUCAGGCAUUGUGCUAAAAGAAGGCGCUCCUCUGAUUCAUUCACUGCUAACGGGCGUUGCAAAACACUUACCUGAUGAGAUACCGGAAACCAAAGAGAUCAGGAGAAUGAGAAGAGUGGCAAACUCUGUAAACGUGUUUGGUGAUCACGACUUCGCAUGGAUUAGAUUGAUUCUGGAAGAGGUUGGGGGUGCCACUGAUGGCUCAUGGAGCUUGCUACCCUAUCUCUUUGCAACUUUUAUGACAUCUAACAUCUGGUAUACAACUGCUUUCAACGUCGAAACUGGAGGCUUCAGCAACAACGUUCAUUGUUUAGCCAGGUGCAUAUGUGCAGUAAUCGCGGGAAGUGAACUCGUAAGACUUGAACGAGAUUAUCGACAGAAGCACUCUCUUUCUAAUGGCCACAUUAGUGAACCCUUGGACCCUGAGGCACCAAACUACUCUUCCAUAGAUGCAAGCAUAAAAUCCACAAUGCAGCUUUUCAUCAAGUUCUCUGCAGGAAUAAUUCUGGAUUCUUGGAGUGAAAGCAAUAGGUCUCACCUCGUGGCGAAGCUGAUCUUUCUCGACCAAAUCUGCGAAAUCUCGCCACACAUUUCACGGAGCACGUUGGAGUCUCACGUGCCUUACACCAUUCUCCGCUCCAUCUACAGCCAAUACUACUCGAAUUCUGCCACUCCCUUCGCACCAAUAAGUGGUUCGCCAAGGCAUUCUCCGGCCAUGUCCCUGGCCCACGCCUCCCCUUCGCUGAGGCAACCGCGUGGUGAUUCAACUCCACAAUCCAACACUCACGACUCGGGCUAUCCCAAACCGUCGUCCACCCACGGCCAAGAUCAGUACGAGAUUGACAAUUUCAGCAUGAGAAGCAUUGACAGCAGAAAUCGAAAUGUCAGGCGAUCCGGGCCCUUGGACUACAACCUAAGCCGCAAAUCAAAAUUCGCCGAAGGGUCCACGUCAACUAGCACUGGUCCUAGUCCCUUGCCAAGAUUCGUUGUGUCAAGAUCUGGUCCUUUAUCAUAUAAAUGAAGAUAGAUGAUUCGUAAAGCAAUUUUGUAUAUUUGGUUCAACUCAGAUUAUCAUUAUUAUUUUUAUUCCUAAUUCAACUUGAUUUAUUCUGUAAUAACAUGGUUUAUCUUAUUCGGCCAAUGUAAAAAUAACUACUAUUCAGAUUGA